AUGUCAACUUGUGUGCCAUCUAUCACUGAAUCAGAUGAUGGCAGUAGAAGGGGUACGGUGGAUUCGCAUUUGGAAGAGUGCAGUCCCACGUUCCUAUCUACUACAGAAUCUUUCUCCCCCAGAACACCACAUUCUCAUGCAGUAGUACAACAUAGUACUAGCCCCAGAGAUACGAGGGGACCAGAAUGUCGCUCUGAACCGUGGUGUACCGUGGAUUUCUUCCCAUGCCUUCAAGAAACGGAACGCAAAAGUGCACUAGCCCCAUCUCUGCAGGCGUCAUUGGCAUGUCUUCCCAAAGUAACUUGCUUGUCAGAUUCCCAGAAGGAUGUGCUAAUACGUCACGACGAGCAGAUAAGUGCUGCCACUACAGACUUUCAAUACAUGGCCCCGACCAUGAAAUCAACCCAUACAAACAAGAGAUUGAUGAAGAAUUUAACCGCAGUGCAGCAAAGAAAACGUAACGACAGUACAAAAAGUGUUCUAAACACGUCAGGUGGAUUAGGAGAAAUGGAGCUUCCUAAAGCAGAGUUUACUAGCACCACACUACGUGCAAUCAUACCGAAUACAUCAAAAUUGGAGCGAGAAUACCUUUUCCCCAGAGCCACGAGUUGCAUCAGUUAUAGUGACGAGCGAAUACGCAUGCGACUUGCCAAUAAAGCCAACGAUGAACGAAGUACAAAGCCUAUCAUGUAUGCAGACUAUGAUGACGUGGGCAUGCGCUCCUCAUCUGCUCUUGCUGUGCUAAAUCCCUUCAAACUAGCUCCAGAAAGUCUCCUGCAUCCAUAUGAUGAACUAGCGCUUCAGCCCCUGAAGAGGGCUGUGCGAAAGAGUAGUAGUAUUAAAAAGCACUUGUUUCGAUCCUAUCUCACAGCAGCUGCAGCUAAUUUGCGAAAUGCUGUAUCAGAGCAGGGGUUUUAUGCCAAAGGAAAGCAAGUUUUCUGUCAUGCAAACUCGCCUGAUCAAUCAGUAGGGGGACAACAGACUUAUAGUUACUCCAAUAAUAUACAAAGCGACCACUAUAUAGCCCAGGAUGAUGACGAGAGCCUACGGAAAAAGAAUGAGGAAAUGCUCUACAGAUUAAAAUACAGUCAUUUUAUUUUGAAAAUUAUCAAUACAGAAGAAGAUUGCGCCGAUGAAAUCAUGGAAGAUUUGAAUGACCUGCUUCACUGCACGUCGGCUACCAAAUCAGUCAAAUCUCAAGAUUCAUGUCUAGAAGGUCAUAACUCUGGUGUCACCAUUAAGCGUAUAACAAAUGAUGGAAUUAAGUAUACAGUAAGAUACGAUGCUGAUCUCACAGUGCCAAUUGUUAUUAAGAUAAUCGCAAGCCACAGUAUUCUUGAACUUCUCUAUGCAAGCUACAAGGACAAAAGGGAUUUAGUACGCAUAAUUCGAGAUUACGAAGAAGACCAGGUUGCGUUUCGGAUGGGCUUAUUACAGACGACUGCAACUUCAAAUACUACUGCUGUGACACCGUCUUCUGUUCCUUGUAAGCAUUUGUCCCCACAGUCACAAAAGCUCCUUACCACUGAACCUAGUACAAGCUCUAUGCCGAGUGACUAUAGCAGAGCAUUCUUCUCACUAAUUAAUCCGUCCAAGUCUGACAAUCCAAAGGGUGAAGCUGUUUCAGAGCCAGAGGCGCCCAAGCGACAAUCCUACAACAUAAAUAUGUGUAUUCAGCGGUUGAACAAUGAACUGAAGAAGCUAGAAGAGAAACGGCAGCAAAGGAAAAGUAAAGAGGAGGCUGCAGAGCCACAGAGUUAUUCUAUGAGUGACUCUGGACUAUCUUCCUUUUCGCUGACCCUGGACUUCUCUCCCGAUAGAGCUGGCCCAGGCGAUGAUUGGCGCUCUCCAUCCAUGACUACUCUGAUUUCGAAAAGACCUAUCCGCACAUCUAUCGUAGAGGAUAAGCCUAUAGACAGCACACAUGCCAUGACAUUAUCAUUAUUGGAUACGUUCACGACAAGAAAAGAUAUGUGCAAAAUGAUACUUUUAAAGCAGAGCCAGAGAGCCCCAGAUGACCUGUUAGCCAGAGCAUCUCAACUUCGCGACAAGCUCACACAGAAACGGGACAUUGAGGCUUUUAAUGCGGAGCAGAAGAAGAAGACAUCUGUGGACGUGCGUAGAAGCAACGAAGAGGUCAUAUCAUACAUGCUCUCAAGUCAUCACAACAGUCGCAGGAUCCUUGCAAAGGAGGAUCUAAAACCUGCGAUAGACAAGGUAGGGCGUCAGGCUGUUGCACGGGAUUACUUUCAUGGUGACGCACCCAGUGGUGCACAAACAGUUACUUUGGAUACAGAUGCGAUAAGAAAGACGCUGGAUGCAUAUGUGCACAAGAAUAAAGGCCCGACCAAAUGGUGCACGUUCAAUCCAGUAAAGGGUGUAACAAGGGAGCAUAUAUCACGCCACGAUGCCACUAGAGCAUCACUAGCUCAGCCAAAAGCUGCACCUUUUCCUCGAAGCUUGAAUUUCAAGACGGAUGCAGUAACACAACCCGCUGGACCGUGGAAAGCCAUGAAAGUGACCAAGCCAGAUUACUAUUCUAAGUAG